AUGGUGCCCAUAGCUACUCAAACUCAAUGCUUACAUGCCGACGAAUGGCUUUAUGGACGAGCUGGGUAUUUGUAUGGCUGUUUAUUUUUUCAAAAGGUCCUCGGUGUUGAAGAGCCUUCCCUGGUGUCUGGCAUUGCGUCUGUUGCUCGCUUGAUGCUCUCGCGGGGCGUGGCAUAUGCCAGGCGGUUGAACAGCACAGGUUCUCGCUCUCCACCUCCCGUUAUGUGGGAGUGGUGCCACGAUCGCUACAUGGGUGCAGCGCAUGGAGUCAUGGGCAUCCUUUUCAUGCUGCUUCAUGUGCCCGAGCUACUGGAAGGGGAGAGCCUGGACCUCCUCCGACAGAGCUUGCAGUGGCUAGCUACCAUGAGACAGCCUUCUGGCAAUUGGCCUGUUGUGUUUGGAGAAGGUGGGGCAGAUUGCAUCCACUUUUGCCAUGGCGCGCCCGGCGCCGUUUUCCUUUUCUGCAAGGCCUAUGAAGUGCUGCGCGAGGAACAAUGGCUGCAGCUGGCCAAGGAAGCUGGUGAGGUGGUUUGGAAGUACGGCUUGUUAAAGAAAGGGCCAGGCAUUUGUCAUGGCAUUGCUGGCAAUGGCUAUGGUUUCCUUUGCCUUUAUCGUGUCACGGGACAUCCUUUGUGGCUGGGACGCGCCUACCACUUUGCAUUGCAGAUCGCGACUCCGGAGGUGCAGAAGGACUCACGCACCCCUGACAAUCCACUGUCCCUUUUCGAAGGUCUUGCUGGAACACUUUGCUUCCUGAUGGACCUCCGGUUGAAACCGAAGGAGGCAGCUUUUCCACUCUUUGAGCUCGAGAAGCUUUGGGAUUCCAAGAGGAAGCGGUCUGCUGAGCCGGCGGCCGAUAGAGGAGGAGGCUUCGAAGUCCCAGAUUGA